UCCGUAAAUCUCCCUCUCCCUUCUCUCUCUCUCUCUCUCUCUCUCUCUCCCCUCUCCCAUGGCUUCGAUCUCCAAGCUCAUAAACCCUAGCCUCGGCGUCGCCGCUCCUCCUCCCUCCUCUUCCUCCCUCCGAUCCGAUCCCAAGCUCUCCUUGCUCGCCCUCCGCCCUUCAAUCCGAGGCCUCGCCUCCCCUCUCCGCCUCUCGAUUCGAAGAGAUCGCCUCAACGCGACCUCUUUGGCGGUUAGGUGCUCUGGGAAAGAGGGGAAUGGGGUGCCGGCGAAGAGGACGACGCUUCAUGAUCUCUACGAGCAACAAGGGCAAUCGCCGUGGUACGAUAAUCUCUGCCGCCCUGUGACCGAUCUGCUCCCGCUUAUUGCUAGCGGCGUCCGCGGAGUCACCAGCAACCCUACGAUUUUUCAGAAAGCUAUAUCAUCAUCCAGUGCGUACGAUGAACAAUUCAAGCAGCUUGUAUCUGCCGGAAAGGACAUUGAAACCAUUUACUGGGAGCUUGUAAUAAAGGAUAUCCAAGAUGCGUGCAAACUUUUUGAGCCAAUUUAUGAUCAAACGGAUGGAGGCGAUGGCUAUGUAUCUGUUGAAGUAUCCCCGAGGCUUGCAAAUGAUACUAAAGGAACUGUUGAAGCGGCGAAAUGGUUGCACAAAAUGGUUAACAGGCCGAAUGUCUACAUAAAGAUCCCAGCUACUGCUGAAUGUAUUCCCUCCAUCAGAGAGGUUAUCUCUAAUGGCAUUAGCGUCAAUGUUACGCUUAUCUUCUCACUCUCAAGAUAUGAAGCGGUCAUCGAUGCUUACCUAGAGGGGCUGGAGUCUUCUGGAUUGAGUGACCUAUCGAGAGUAACCAGUGUGGCUUCCUUCUUUGUUAGCCGUGUUGACACCCUCGUAGACAAAAUGCUUGAAAAGAUUGGUACACCUGAAGCCCUUGAUCUUCGUGGGAAGGCUGCAGUUGCUCAAGCAGCCCUUGCUUAUAAGCUCUAUCAGAAGAAGUUUUCGGGUCCACGGUGGGAGGCUUUAGUUAAGAAAGGCGCGAAGAAGCAGAGACUGUUGUGGGCAUCCACUAGCGUUAAGAAUCCCGCAUACCCGGACACUCUGUAUGUUGACCCUCUCAUUGGACCUGAUACGGUCUCAACCAUGCCCGACCAGGCCCUGCAGGCAUUCAUUGACCAUGGCACCGUCUCACGUACCAUUGAUUCAAACAUAUCCGAGGCCGAGGGCAUAUACAGUGCUCUUGAGAAGUUGGGUAUCGAUUGGAACCAGGUCGGGGUCCAGCUCGAAGCAGAAGGCGUCGACUCGUUCAAGAAGAGUUUCGACAGCUUGCUUGUUAGCCUGAAACAGAAGAGCGAGUCCCUCAAGCCGGCUAAUCUGUAGGUUAAAAAUUUUUUAAAAAAUUUGAAAAAAAAAGAGUAAAGAGUGGUUUAAUACGGGCCAUCUGUAAUAAAGCCGGAUUGAGUGUCCUGUCUGUUAUUUAGCUUUGAACUUGCUCCUAUGUUUAAUUUGUGGUUGAGUUUGCUCCUUUGUGUAUACUCUUUAGACCAUUCUCUGUUGUGAGGUAAUAUAUGCUUUCUAAGUAGUAGGAAUUUUCGCGCGUUAGUUGUAUGGAAUUUUA